AAAUAAUAUAUUGCAAAUAUGCUUCGUCGUAAUCCCACACGUUUAGAAAUUCGUCAAGACGACGUCGAACAACUUCCUAAGCUUCGAGAAGUCUAUCAAAAAAAGCUUUCUCAAAAACCGGGUAUAAGUGGAAAGGGCAAAAGAAAAAGUAUUGAACUAGAAGAUACUAUUCAACGACAAUCACAGCAACAACAGCAGUCACUUCAACAACCACAGGAGCAACCCAUUCCAAUCGUUGGUACAGAAGAACUUCGUAAUUUGAAAAAUAACAUGACAACGCAAGAAAGAAUUGGUUUAUAAUAGUUUUGUAGAAUAAAUAUAAUAAUUAUAUAGCCAAAAUUUAAAUUGUAUACAUUUAAGUUAUUUAAGUUACAAAUUUACUAUUACUAUUGAUUACUUUUGUUCUUCAUCUUCAAAUUCUAUUAAAACUUCUUCAGCAGCGACUGAACUACCUGGUUUAACAUUUAUCUUUUUAACCUUACCUACACGGGAGGCACGUAAUAUGUUUUGCAUUUUCAUGGCUUCAACGACAGCAACUUCAACUCCUUCAUUCACCUGUCCAAUAAAGAAAUUUUUAAUGAAUACUAUAAUAUAAAUUUAUAC